ACUCACUCACCAACACCAUUUUAUUACACAAACUAACACAAUGCCGAGCCCCUCGCUCACUCUGCUCUUCCUCCUCUGCCUCCUUACCCCAUCCCUCAUUUCCUCCAGACCACUCCAGGACCCAGAUUUUGUCGUACAAGAAGUUCACAGGGCAAUUAAUGAUACCAGGAGGGACUUGGGUUAUCUCUCGUGUGGGACGGGCAAUCCGAUCGACGACUGCUGGCGUUGCGACCCCAAUUGGGAGAAGAACCGCCAGCGGCUAGCCGAUUGCGCGAUUGGGUUCGGUAAGAGCGCAGUCGGAGGACGGGAUGGUCAGAUUUACGUUGUCACGGACCCUAGUGACAAUGACGCGGUGAACCCCAAACCAGGGACCCUAAGGUAUGCUGUGAUCCAGGACGAGCCAUUAUGGAUCAUUUUUGCUCGGGACAUGACCAUAAAGCUAAAGGAGGAAUUGAUCAUGAAUUCUUUCAAGACAAUCGACGGCAGAGGAGCCAGCGUACACAUUGCCGGUGGUCCAUGUAUUACUAUACAGUAUGUGACUAACAUUAUUAUACAUGGAUUGAAUAUUCAUGAUUGUAAGCCAGGAGGGAAUGCUAUGGUGCGGAGCUCACCACGGCAUUACGGGUUUAGAACCAUAUCGGAUGGCGACGGUGUGUCGAUUUUUGGUGGGAGCCACGUGUGGGUGGACCAUUGUUCAUUGUCGAAUUGCAAGGAUGGACUGAUUGAUGCCAUUGAAGGGUCCACUGCCAUCACUAUUUCAAACAAUUACAUGACUCACCAUGAUAAAGUCAUGUUGUUGGGCCACAGCGAUUCCUACACUCAAGACAAGAACAUGCAAGUUACUAUUGCCUUUAAUCACUUUGGUGAAGGGCUAGUCCAGAGAAUGCCAAGAUGUAGGCAUGGGUACUUCCAUGUGGUGAACAAUGACUACACCCAUUGGGAAAUGUAUGCAAUUGGAGGGAGUGCUGAUCCAACAAUUAACAGUCAAGGCAACAGAUUUGUUGCUCCUAAUACUCAAUUCAGUAAAGAAGUGACAAAGCAUGAAGAUGCGCCAAUAAGUGAGUGGAAGAAUUGGAACUGGAGGUCAGAAGGAGACUUGUUGAUGAAUGGUGCAUUCUUUACACCAUCUGGUGCAGGGGCUUCUUCAAGCUAUGCCAAAGCUUCUAGCUUGGGUGCAAGACCUUCUUCACUUGUUGCUACUCUCACUGGCAGUGCAGGAUCACUUAAUUGCAGAAAGGGUUCCCGCUGCUGAUAAUUAAGCCCAGUGGAUAACUUACUGAUAAACCCCAGAAAGCAAGGAAGACUCUGCAACCUCCAUGAACCAAUCGAGACCUGACGGAGGCUCUUCCGACUAUUAUUUUUUUUUUUACCCUUUCUUCUGCUGCACUUUUUUUUUUUGUUUUAAAAUGAUGAUUACAACCUCGGCCUGCAACUACUGUUAAGACUAUUUGAGAUCUCUGUUGAGAAUCUUGAUGGGCUUAAUCAGGGAAAGCAAGUGCAGAAGAAGCGUUGAUUUAUACUAUUUAAAUGAAAUUUAUCUAGCUCCUUAGUUUAUUAUGUUAA